AUGUUCUUCAUUAUCGCCGUCGAAUCCCUCUUUUUGCUCCUACCCCGGGAGCAGGAUGCGGCGGCCAGGCCGCUAUGCGGCAAACCGGCUUCUUUUCCUACUCUUGAGCUCUUGACGACGUCGCUCUCUCUCCAGAACCAUGCUGCUGCUGCUGCCGGUGGCUCUUUCGGGUUGCGACUGGAUGGUGGCUGUGGACUAGGAAAUAGCAACAUGGCGAUGAUUUUGGCACCGUCGUUCGAUCAAGCAAAGCACUGGAUACCCGAUCUCGACACCCGACGAGACGAUGCUUGGUGGUGCCCGAGACCUGGGAGGUACGACGAGAUUUGA